AUGGACGUAUUGGGAGAGAAUUGCUUUUUGCUCUUGGAACAGAUAGGAGGGGUUUCAGAUAUUGAAUUUCUGCAGCGGUUGUGUGAGAGGUGCGGAUUACACUUGUAUGUGGAGGAGAAUCGGCGGGGGACUAACUAUAUGUUGAGUGGGAAUGCUUUUGUCUUAGAUAUCUUCUAUCGGAAGGAGGAAAGUUUGCAGGUUAAUGAUAGCUGGUUGGUUUCGGAUAAUCAGAGUAUUGAAAGUAGUGUGGUGCAAGUGGGGAAAGAGAAGAUUGAAGAUGUGCCAUUGCGUAAAGUUGAUAGGGUUAGUCUGUCCUUGUUAGAUGAGUCAUGGUCGGUUUAUUUUCAGAUCUUUACCCAGCAGGUCUAUCUCUACUUGCGGCAUAAAGAGUAUACAAAGUUAUACGAGUUGGUUUGUAAUGUUGCUAAGUAUGAUAGGGAGUGCCAAGAAGGCAGGGAGAAUAAAGGGUUUGGGACGUUUGUGGAGCAAGCUAAGCAGUUGGAAAAGACUCUUGGUAAGAAAGAAGGGGAAGUGAACUACUGUGUAGCAACUCAUACUCAUUGCGUGCUCUGGAGUAGCCCGGAUGCGGAGAGUUAUCCUGUUUAUGCUGCCAUUGCGGGUAAGAAGAAGAACGUGAGCUUUUUAGGUGAGAAUAAGAGCUUGGCUGAGGUAGAAAGGGUGGUUGAAGUCCUGCGCGAGAAUCCAUUACUAUGGCGAGUUGUGGCGGAGUCUUUAUUAUUUGGUAUUGGACCUUUAGUUAGUUUAACUCUACAGUCGGUGCCAAGUGGGCUGGUAUUCUGUGAGAUGGGCCCGCCUAAGAAGCAUGUUUUGAUUCAAAACAAUGGCUAUGUUCUAGUCGGAGACACGCCUAGCUCCUAUCAAUUUCAUUCCGAUCGAUCACUACUGAUUAAAAGAACCCAUUCAAUUUGGUAUCUAAUCAAAGAAGAAGGUAUUGUUGUGGGGUGA